CGCGCGUCCCGGAACAGGAAAGGUCCGCGCGGCCGGCUCGCCUUCUCCCGGCCUGGGCGCGCAGCAGCCCUCCUUCCCUGCUGGCCCGCUCCGUCCGGCCCUCCUUCCCCUCCCCGCCAAGGCGGGCGCGCAGGAAACCGGGGCCGCGCGGCAGACAGCCUCUUCCUGGGGCUUUAGGUAACGUCUCGCCAAGCGCCGCGGGCAGCAGCAAGCAGCACAGCCUUCGCGGCCCUCCGCCGAUCGCCCCACCCAAGCAGCCGUCCGCCGGGGCUGCUGAGCCGGGCGCGCACGUCGGAGGAGCGGGCCGCUGCGCGCUGCUGCUGCUGGCGGAGGCGAAGAUGGCGCGCCCGGGGAGCGGAGGAGCUCUCCUCCUCGGCGCCGCCGCCCUGCUGCUGGCCGCGGGCAGCCUGGCGUCGGGAGCCCGCCAGGAGAAGGACAUCGGAGGAGGAGGGCACGGAGGCGGCGGGCCAGGGGAGCGGCCCUCGUCGUGCCACGGCGCCUUCGAUCUCUACUUCGUCCUGGACAAGUCUGGAAGCGUCAAACACCAUUGGAUAGAAAUUUAUUCCUUUGUUGAAAGUCUGGCUGAGAAGUUCAUAAGUCCGAUGCUUCGAAUGUCUUUCAUUGUGUUUUCCUCGCGAGGGACCACAAUUAUGAAGUUGACUGAAGACAGGGAAGUCAUCCAGCGAGGCCUUGCAGUUCUUCAGAGACAAGUGCCUGGAGGAGACACAUUCAUGCAUGAAGGCUUUAAAAGGGCAAAUGAACAGAUCUAUGAAAAUUAUGGAGGACUCCAGACAGCUAGUGUGAUCAUAGCUCUCACAGACGGGGAGCUGCAAGAGGCCCAGUUUUAUUACGCAGAGAAAGAAGCUGACAGAGCAAGAAGCCUCGGAGCAAUUGUCUAUUGUGUUGGUGUGAAAGACUUUAACGAAACUCAGCUAUCGACUAUUGCGGAUAGCAUUGAUCACGUUUUUCCUGUGACUGGAGGUUUUUAUGCCCUCAGAGGCACCAUUGAUUCAAUUCUGAAGAAAUCGUGCAUUGAGAUCCUGGCCGCCGAACCAUCAAGUAUCUGUGCAGGAGAAUCCUACCAAGUCGUGGUCAAAGGCAACGGCUUUUAUUACGCAAGGAACAUUGACCAAGUUCUCUGCAGUUUCAAGAUCAAUAACACCAUUACUCUUAAUGAAAAGCCAACCAUUGUUCAAGACACAUACUUACUUUGCCCUGCUCCAGUGAUAGCAGAUGUCGGACAGGUGGUUUACCUGCAAGUUAGCAUGAACAGCGGACUGACGUUCAUCUCCAGUUCCGUCAGCAUCACCAGCACCCGCUGUCAUCAUGGGACGAUUGUUUUCAUUGUGCUCCUGAUCCUGUUCCUGCUCCUGGCCUUGGCUCUCUUUUGGUGGUUCUGGCCGCUCUGCUGCACCGUGGUCAUCAAGGAACCGCCACCGCCACCCCCAAUGGAACCUGAAUCAGAUGAUGAAGAUGGGUUUCCAAAGAAAAAGUGGCCUACAGUGGAUGCAUCAUAUUACGGAGGGAGAGGUGUUGGUGGAAUCAAAAGAAUGGAGGUGAGAUGGGGUGACAAGGGAUCGACAGAGGAAGGAGCAAAACUAGAGAAGCCCAAAAAUGCCGUCAUCAAAUUGCCAGAAGAGGAAUUUGAGCCCUGGGAACCCAAGCCAAAGAGAGAUCACUCCCGGAGGGUGCCCUCCGAAAGGAAAUGGUACACUCCCAUUAAGGGCAAGCUGGAUGCCCUCUGGGCCCUUGUUCGACGAGGCUAUGAUCAAGUUUCUCUAAUGAGACCACAGCCUGGGGAUAAGGGACGAUGCAUAAAUUUCACCAGAGUGAAAUCAGAUGGGACGGUCAUCUCGUACAGCGCACCUCAGCAGCCAAGAGAACACCACACCCUCAACAAUGCUCCAAGAAGCCCAUCUUCUCCAGCGCCAAUGCAGCCCCCUCCCUGCAGGCAACUUCCUCCUGCGCCUCCCCCUUCGAGGUGCCCACCAAGGCCCCCUCCAUCCCGCCCUCCGCCUCAGCUUCUGGCUUGAAGCGUGGGGAACCGAGAUGGGAGCAGAGCAUAUCCAGUCUUCGUUUAUAAUCAAGAGUUUGUUGCUGGUCAGCAAAAAAACAGAACAAAAUGCCAGGCGUCCUUUUGUACUGUCGAGUAUAUUUAUGCCCCAUGUGCCGUAUAAACAUUCCAUGAUUGAAUCUUGGGAACCGCUGGGUAUUUGACAAAAGAACAAUAUCCAGGCAGCGAGUGAUAAUAGAUUAUGCAUUAAUGGUUCACACACACAUACCCUCGUUAUGUUUUAUAAGUCGUUAGCCAGAUGGAAAUAGCCUGCGCUGAUGAAUGGGGUGAGGUUUGCCCGCAAAUAAUUUUGCCAUCCGUAAGAUUAAUGCUAGGAAGGGUCCGAUUAAGUGGAAGCUAAAUUCUGUAAAUUUCCCCCUCCCCCCCCACUGUCUCAGGUUCUUUCAAUGCCGCUGGGAAGGUCCUGCUAAUUUUAAGGCGACUAAAGUAACGACUUCAUAUUGCGGUGGUGUCUUAAACAUUUGCUCGUUUUGGAUUCGGUAACGAGGAAAAUUCGGAAAGCUUCCCAAGUCUACCAUUUAUUUGCACCUCACAGUUCAUGAGGCAGCAACUACCAGGCAGCAACUCUUGCAGGGUACAAAGGGGGAGGGUUCAUUUUGCACAUAAACCAACUUCUGUUGGACUUCCGUUGUAUUAUGCAUUGCAUCCUUCGUCGAUGGGCGCCAGUCUUCUGAUAAAUUCAGCUGGGCGCCUCCUUUCCAAUAUAGUAUCGUUACUGUUUUUUAUUCACUGAUAAAACUGUUCUGCUUCCGUACAUAGAAAAAAAGAUAGAUAGAUGUGGAAGAGAUGGUACACCUUCUACUUUACUGCUGGACAGUCAAAAUAACUUAUUAAAUAGUACUGCAGGCAAAUGUGCGUCAAAGGCGCCACACAAUUAUCAGUUCAGGUGCGAUCGUGCUGCAUGUGCUGUUAUCAGAUGACUCUCCAGCUUUGAGCUGGGCUAGGGGGGGGGAAACAUUGGUACUUUUUCUGCGUUUUUAAGAGCUUCAUCCAAUUGAAUCCUGCAAAUCUAUGCAAAGUAUUAAUAGCACCAAGAGGGCCAGGGAUUUGUGCACGCGCAACAAAACUGAAAAAGAUACAGCAAUAACAAAAUAAAUUAAAAGAGGAGGAUUAUACAGAUGGCCUUUUUUU